AUAGCGUGUUCUGCCGGGAUGGAGCCGAGAGAUAGAGCUCGCUAUUACACACAUACACACCACCACACACGAACAAGGACUCACACACACGAAAACAGACACACACGAAAACCCACACGCACACACACAGAUGUACACACAGAGUCGUACACACACAUACACACACUGUACACAGGCUGCCGUUGGACCUCCAGGUUGAUGCUUGGUUCCUGCCCCACAUAUUGGCUCGUCAUCGAGAGAUUCCCCCUGCUGCUGCGUGCGUAAUACUCUCCAGGUCCGUCCGUGGUGCCUUCCAGGUCUGCCCAUUCGGAUUCCUCUCGCUAAACGGAAUAUGCGUGAUUGCACGAUUCGUUAUAAGGCGAGGCACUGCUGAGCGCUGUCGGGGGAAUCUCAGUCCACGCCGCGGAUCGUUUUUUUUUGGAUGAAAGCAACGUAAGCGGGAUUGCCUUUUUUACCUCAGCCUUCUGCUCGUUUUGAACAUUUGACAGCUCGGUUGGGUGGAGUCAAUCCGGAAUUCUUCACAUUGGAAUCGCUGGCACACACACACAUUUCAGCAGCACCAUGAAGGACUGCAUCGUCAACAACAGCACAGCCAGCAUCUCCCAAGCCAGGAAAGCGGUGGAACAGCUGAAGAUGGAGGCCUGCAUGGACCGGAUAAAGGUGUCCAAAGCAGCGGCCGACCUGAUGGCGUACUGUGACGCCCACAUACGCGAUGACCCGCUCAUCGUGCCCGUCCCCGCCUCUGAGAACCCCUUCAGGGAGAAGAAGUUCUUCUGCACCAUCCUCUGAUGCCCCUCCCCCGGCCCCGCCCACAUCCCUGGCUCCGCCUUCUGCCUGUUAAAGAAACGUGUUCAUGUUUUUGGGGCAUGGCAUUGCCUGGCUUCACCGUCUUCACCAUAACGGAAGCUAAUGACCUCUUUGGCGUUGGGUUGGCUCAUUUUCUCCCUCCCUUCCCUUCCCCCCUCCCC